GACGCGACUUUUCAAUUGUUAGGACGCGUCUUGUGGACCCACUUCGGCGUGUUUAGUUUCCAUUUAAACCGACUCUUCCCUUCACGUCUCUCUCCAGACCUUUCAACCCGACCAACUUCGUGUUCAACAGCAUCACAUCCUCGAGACUUGUUUCUGCAGCGUCAUUACCACAGUUCUCAAUCCUUUCAAUCCUUCAGCAUACCCAACCCCAUCCUAAUCCACAAUGGCCACUGAGAUCACUCCCUCCAAGCAGGCUGCAUCUGCGAUUGAGUCCUUUAAGAUGGAAUCCCCAGUCAAGAAGCUCGACUUCAACGCGUCGGACAAGGAGAACAAGCCCUUUGAUGACAGCCUUGCCACUCUCGAGGCAGAGAUUGAUGCCAAGCACUCCGAGAAGACAAGCCUCGACAUGGUCAAGAAGGAGGAGGACAAUUCUGUUGUUGCUCCUACUGUCAAGGCCAACAACGAUGAUGAGCCUCUCCUGCAGGAGAACCCUCAGCGAUUCGUCCUAUUCCCUAUCAAGUAUCACGAGAUCUGGCAGAUGUACAAGAAGCACGAGGCUUCCUUCUGGACUGCCGAGGAGAUCGACCUCUCCAAGGAUCUCCACGACUGGAACAACAGGCUCACUGAUGAUGAGAAGUUCUUUGUCUCUCACAUCCUUGCCUUCUUUGCCGCGUCUGAUGGCAUUGUCAACGAGAACCUGGUUGAGCGAUUCAGCGGCGAGGUCCAGAUCCCCGAGGCCCGAUGCUUUUAUGGUUUCCAGAUCAUGAUGGAGAACAUCCACUCUGAGACAUACUCGCUCUUGAUUGAUACCUACAUCAAGGAGCCCGCCCAGCGGACCCACCUCUUCAAUGCCAUUGACACGAUCCCUUGCAUCCGGAAGAAGGCCGACUGGGCUCUGCGGUGGAUCUCUGACACGCAGUCCACCUUUGCUCAGCGUCUUGUCGCCUUUGCUGCUGUCGAGGGCAUCUUCUUCAGCGGUGCCUUCGCCUCUAUCUUCUGGCUCAAGAAGCGUGGUCUCAUGCCCGGCCUCACCUUCUCCAACGAGUUGAUUUCUCGUGACGAGGGUCUUCACACCGACUUUGCCUGCCUCUUGUUCUCGCACCUCAAGCACCGUCCCAGCAAGGAGGUGGUCCGCGAGAUCAUCGUCGAUGCUGUCUCCCUCGAGCAGGAGUUCUUGACCGAGUCUCUGCCCUGUGCUCUCCUGGGCAUGAACUCUACCUUGAUGAAGCAGUACAUCGAGUUCGUUGCCGACCGUCUGCUCUUGGCUCUCGGCAACGAGAAGGUGUACAAGGUGUCAAACCCCUUCGACUUCAUGGAGAACAUCUCCCUGGGCGGCAAGACCAACUUCUUCGAGAAGCGUGUCGCCGACUACCAGAAGGCCGGUGUCAUGGCCAGCACAAAGAAGCCGGCGGAAGACAACGGGGAGAGCGAGGCUAAUGGCGGCGACUUCGCCUUCGAUGAGGACUUCUAGAUGCCGUCGCCUGCUGCCGCAUUUUAAUAGCAGGCCUUGUAUAUUUGACGCGUUGGCCAUAGACGCUGGUGAUAGAGGCCCACCUCUUGCCUCCCGUCGUGUUUCUUUUGUUGGAUUCUCACUGCUGGGGUUUCAGGGCCAUUUAUGUUUGGCGGAGUAUCGGCGUUCAGGACCUCAUGUUACCCCGGCUAUUGAUGGAUGAUGGAAAACGACCAUGGAUGGAGGCAUGUACUAGUAGAUUCUUGGAAUUAAGGAAUCAGAUCAAAACAUUCAACUGAG